CCUAAAAGAAGUCAUUACGGUAUUAAAUCCCGCCAAUCCGCCAUUUUGAAGCAGGUGUAGUGCUCGAGGAGGUCGUCAUGUCUGGGAGACUGGAGAGACUAGAGCUGGAUAACUUCAAGUCUUACAAAGGACACCAGAUCAUUGGACCCUUCAUGAAGUUCACAGCAAUCAUUGGACCCAAUGGAGCUGGUAAAUCCAAUUUAAUGGAUGCCAUUAGCUUUGUAUUGGGAGAACAGACGAGGAACCUCAGAGUCCGCAGCCUAAAGGAGUUGAUUCAUGGAGCUCCCAUUGGUAAGCCAGUCUCCUCCACUGCGAGGGUAGUUGCUGUAUAUGUUGAUAGUAAUGGAGAGGAGACCAGCUACAGCAGGACUAUCGUGGAGCACAAGACUGGAGGAGAGAAGAGUGAUUGGAAGUCAGUGUACAGGAUUAAUGAUAAGACUAAGAGUGCUUCAGAGUACAUGAACGCAUUGGAAGAAAUCGGAAUUUAUAUAAAGGCUAGAAACUUCCUCGUGUUUCAGGGUGCUGUUGAGUCUAUUGCAAUGAAAACUCCAAAGGAACGAACUCAAUUAUUUGAAGAGAUCAGUGGUUCAAAGGAAUACGCUGCAGAAUAUGAAGAGAAGAAGGCAGCAAUGAUGAAAGCACAGGAGGAGACACAGACCAGCUACCAGAAGAAGAAGGGUAUAUCACAAGAGAAGAAGGAGGCACGAGUUGAGAAAGAAGAAGCCGAGAAAUAUCAAAAACUAUUGGAAGAACUAGGAGAGGCACAAGUGAAGGAGCAGUUGUUUAAACUGUAUCACAAUGAAACUGACAUUGAUACACUAGCCACUGACACCAGGAGCAAACACAAGGAACUGGAGAGAGCUGUAAGGAAGAGAGAGUCUCUGGAGGAACAGGUUAAGACUAAGAGACAAGAAGGGGCUCGUUAUACAAGAGAAAUGAACACCAAAGAGAAGAAGAUCAGAGACAAGGAAAUGGAACUGGCAACAAAGAAACCGGCUUUCAUCAAAGCAAAGGAGAGAAAGUCACACGUUAACAAGAGACUGGAGGCACAAAAGAAGACAUUGACUAAAGCAAAGGAAAAGCAUACAGAACACAAAGAUAAAGUUGAGUCCAUCAGUAGGGAGUUACGAGAGGUGAAAGAAGCAGCUGCUUUGUUUGAGAGAGAAGUGAUAGAACAGGAGGGAGAGGAGGAGCACCAGUUGCUGGAGAGUCAAUUAACUGAAUAUCAUAAACUGAAGGAAACUGCUGGCAUGCAGUCAGCCUCACUGGCACAACAACUGGAGAGGGUUAAGCAUGAGCAACGUGUUGAUGAGGAGGAGUUGGAUCAGUGUCACACUAAAGAGGAGGAGCUACAGAACCAGCUCAACCAGUUACAAGAACAACACAACCAGCAUCUUAACAGACUAGAGAGACUCGACCAAUAUAUAAAUACUGCUAGUUCUGAAUUGGAGAAGUUCAAGGCUGAUCAUUCCAAGUUAUCCAGUGAGAUAGCUCAGGCUGAGAUGAAGUCAAGGGACAUUAAUGAAGCAUUAGGAUCCAUCCAUGAUAAACUGAGGGACGCUAGGGUUGACCAUCAUGAGAGCAGCAGGUCCCUCCGUAAGCAGGAACUGCUAGAGAACCUUAAGAGACUCUACUCCGGAGUGUAUGGCCGCCUGUUUGACCUCUGUGAGCCCGUCCACAGGAGGUACAGGAUAGCCAUCACUAAGAUACUGGGGAGGAACAUGGAUGCCAUCAUAGUGGACUCUGAGAGGACUGGGAAGGACUGUAUCCAGUAUAUAAAGGAACAGCAUGGGGACCCUUGUACGUUCCUUCCACUGGAUACCAUUGAAGUGAAACCAAUUAAUGAGUCAUACAGGAGGUUGGGAGGUACUUGUAAGUUGGUGUUUGAUGUGAUUCGGUUUGACCCUCCGGUCAUUAAGAAUGCCCUCCAGUUCAGUUGUGGUAAUGCUAUAGUCUGUGAUGAUAUGGAGGAGGCUAGGAGAGUGGCCUUUGGAUCAGCUGAGAGGAAGAAAACGGUAUCUCUUGAUGGGACAUUGUUUCAGAAGUCUGGAAUAAUAUCAGGAGGAGCUAGUAAUGUGAAGGCUAAAGCUAAGAGAUGGGAUGAAAAGCACAUUGAUAAGCUGAGGACACAGAAGGAUAGGUACAUGUCAGAACUACAAGAGCUGAACAGCAUCAGAAGGAAAUCAAGUGAACUGCAGCAGAUUGACUCAGAAAUGAAGGGACUGGAGACCAGACUCAAAUACUCCAAGACUGACAGAGACAACACACAUAAUAACACACUGGGGCGGGUGGAGAGGGACAUGGAGAGAAUUAAUGAAGAAAAAAUGAGAAUUGAACCAAAGAAGGCCAAGAUCCAAAGGUCAAUGGAGAAGAGAAGAAAAGAACUUCAGAAACUUGAAAAUAAAAUUAAUAAAGUGGAGGAUGAGAUAUUUAGAGACUUCUGUAGAUCCAUUGGAGUUGAUAAUAUAAGACAAUAUGAAGAGAAGCAGCUCAAAGCUCAGCAGUUGAGGUCUCAGAAAUCGUUAGAAUUCUCCAACCAAAUAUCACGUCUUGAGAACCAGCUCCUCUAUGAGAAGAACAGGGACACUAAAGCUAAUGUGAAGAAGUUGAAUAUCAGUAUCAGGAAUGAUGAGGAGGCCAUUAAUGAAAUAGAAACUGAAGAACAACAACUACUGGAAGUUAUUGAGGAUAUUGAGGGUAGAAUUAAUGAACUGAAAGAAGAAAAGAAGAAAAUACAAAAUAAAUAUGAUGAUCAGGACAUUGAGGUCAAGCAGUUGCGUAAAAUGUUGGGGGAAGCAGUGAAAGAAGUGGGAAUAUUACAAAAGAAGAUAACCAACCUGGAAACUGAAAUGGAUCAAAAGAAAUCAGAAAGACACUCAAUAUUGAAGAUGUGUAAAAUCAAUACAAUAUUAAUACCAAUGAGUGAUGGAACCAUGGACGACAUUGAAGAUAUUGAAGGGGGCAGCAGUCAAUCUACUGGUACUAUGAUGGAAGUGGACAGCACAUCAACCCAGGGGGCAAGGCUACUGUAUGAGAAAGAGUCAAGAAUUGUAAUUGACUACUCACUGCUGGACAGAAAAUAUACCAAUGUGACAGAUCCCCAAGAGAUGAAGGGGUUCAUUCAGGAGUUACAUUCUCAAGUCCUUCAUCUUGAAGGAGUCAUCCAUCGUAUCACCACUCCUAACUUCAAGGCUGGGGACAAAUUAGGAGACGUUGAGUCCAGACUUCAAGAGACAGCAGCAGUUUUUGAGCAAUCAAGACUACUGGCUAAGAAGACAAAGACAGAGUUUGCACGAAUUAAGAAGAAAAGGUAUGACGAGUUCACUAGAGCAUUUGAUCACGUAUCUUCAGUUAUCGAUAAUGUCUAUAAGAAACUGUGUAACAAUACCAGUGCUCAAGCGUUCCUUGGUGUUGAUAAUUCAGAGGAACCUUAUCUUGAUGGAAUCAGUUAUAACUGCAUUGCUCCUAGUAAAAGGUAUCGUCCAAUGGAUAAUCUCUCGGGUGGUGAGAAGACAUUAGCUGCUCUAGCGCUACUCUUCUCCAUACACAGUUUCCAACCAGCUCCAUUCUUUGUAUUGGAUGAAAUAGAUGCUGCUUUGGAUAACACUAACAUUGGAAGAGUGGCUAAUCAUAUAACAGAGGAGACCAACAGCAACAGGUUCCAGUGCAUAGUGAUAUCAUUGAAGGAAGAGCUGUAUGGUCACUGUGAAUCAGUGAUUGGUAUAUACAGUGAGCCGGGGGGUGAGUGCACCAUCAGUCACACUGUCACUUUGGAUCUCACUCAGUUCCCUACUGGAGGAAGAGGGCAAUCAUCAUCUUUUAUAAACUCCACCCACUAGACUUUUAAUUAGGGUUUAAGUGACGAAUCUUAACAUUAGUUACCAUAUUCCAAGCCACACCUAUAUCAAAACCACACCAUCAUAAUUACGGAGAUUUCUGAUUGAUUUAAAACUACUACACACACUACCACUAAUACUUGAUAAAAAGAUAAUUAGUUAGUUAUUCAUUAUUAUUAUUAU